AUGGCACCAUCACGAAUAGUCGAUUCCCACCUCGUUGACCGCGCAGACGGAACCAAUGGUGGGAGUUGGCGCAAGGAUGCCACAGACGAGGCAUUCAUACUUGAAGGAUGGAGCGAAGGCUUCAUGGUUGGAGCCUUGAUCAUCAUGUGCUGCGUCACUGUCGCGAACAUGAGAAGAGGCGUCCUGCUGCACAAACUGAUCUUGCUCGAGCUCCUGCUCGCUAUAACGCACGGCACCUUCUGCUUCAUGUCAUUCGACGGCUACGGGUGGUACCUCUCAUCGACAGCUGCGUUGCUGUACUGCUCAUACUUCUUGCACAAUGUUGUGGCAUGGAUCAAGAUCAAACCCUUUUUCACCGACUCGAGAUCGCUCUUCCAGCCAAAGACAGGCAAGAUAGUGAGCAGAGUAUACCUUAUCACACUUGCCAUGACCGUUCCUCCAAUACUUCUACAAAUCGUGAAUAACUUCCGUUUCUUCAACAACAUCAACGACUUUUACCGUGAAGUACGGCCGACAGAGCCUCUCUUCAGGUGA